GCUCGGCUUGGCUUUUUGGCUUUUUGGCUUUUCGACUCACGUGAUCGGAAAACGCGUUUCGCGGCAAAGGCUCUUGCAAUAAUAACGGGUUUCUCGGAUGCGACACUCUCGACUCGGAAGCUUUUCCAAAAUAGCCAAUAUCGUGUGUGCCAAUCAGUUAAACCCUACAGUAUCCAAAACAAUAACAUUAAAAGUAAUAUAACUUUUAACAUUUUAAAGUAACUUGCAGCCUUGGCUUGGGCAAAGAGUUUUAAGUGAUCACAACUUCAGCCGGUUCAAAGCUGUUUCAGCCAACUUGUACCAGUACCUUACCUACAUUAACAACUGCCACGGACAACAACACCUGCAAAUCAGCAUAAGCCCAAUUGUCGCACUGUGAAGUGAGCCGAAGUGAAGGUGUAAUUACCUAUAGUGUACAAAGAAUAUCGAGUGUAAGAAGUGGCUAAAACAAACCGGUUGGAUAUCUAGUGGCAAUAUGGAUACGUCGCAGAGGAACCACCAAAAUCAAGGAUUCGUGGGCGACGACGGACGCAGUACGGCCAGCACAGUGGAGAUUUCGACCAACAGUCCAGCGCUGCGAAGUAAUUCCGAUGACCAGGAGGCAGCCAAAGUGCCGGAGGAGCGUGCCACAUGGGGCAAGGGCGCGGAGUUCCUGAUGUCCUGCAUCGCCAUGUCCGUGGGUCUGGGAAACGUGUGGCGAUUCCCCUUCACUGCCCUCGAUAAUGGCGGUGGCGCCUUCCUCAUACCAUAUCUCAUUGUGCUGUUCCUGAUUGGCAAACCGAUUUACUAUCUGGAAAUGGUUAUUGGCCAGUUUUCCAGUCGCGGUUCGGUUAAAGUGUUCGAUUUGUGCCCGGCGAUGAAAGGUGUCGGAGCUGGCCAGGCUUUCCAGGUGUUCAUGCUCAGCACUUACUAUGCCGCCCUGGUAGCGAUAAUUGGCCGAUAUUUCAUUGAAUCAUUUCGCAACCCAUUGCCCUGGUCCACAUGCCGUGCGGAAUGGGGUGUCCACUGCAUCAACUCAGCCCCCGAUGCGAGUAAUUGGUCUCGAGUGGAAGGCGUUGAUCAGAGCCCGCAAAAUUACACAAUGAAAUCACUGAACGAUCGGGUCAUUACCAGUUCGGAAUGGUACUUUGUUACGGAAGUGCUGCACGAGAAACCAAAUAUCGAGGAUGGAAUCGGCCUGCCCAACUGGGAGUUGGUCAUCGGGCUCUUCAUCGCCUGGGCCUGUGUGUUCUUCAUCAUUCGUCGCGGAGUGAAGAGUUCUGGAAAGGCAUCCUACUUCCUGGCCCUCUUCCCGUACGUCAUCAUGGGUGUCCUUCUGGUGCGAGCUGUAACUCUGCCCGGAUCAAUAGACGGCAUAUACUACUUCAUAAAGCCGCAAUGGGAAAAGAUUCUGGACCCCAAGGUCUGGUAUGCGGCUGUAACCCAGUGCUUCUACUCGCUGUCCGUUUGUUUUGGCAACAUCAUCAUGUACUCCUCGUUCAACAAGUUCGGCCACAACGUACAUAGGGAUGCGGCGAUUGUGACGGGUCUGGACACCAUGACCUCUCUGUUGGCUGGAUUCACGAUCUUCGGUAUCCUCGGCCAUCUGGCCCACGAAAUCGGAACCGAUGACAUCGGUUCAGUGGUGAAGGGCGGUGCCGGACUGGCCUUCAUCUCAUAUCCCGAUGCCAUUGCCAAGUUCAAGCAGCUGCCACAGAUCUUCUCGGUGCUGUUCUUCCUCAUGCUCUUCGUUUUGGGCAUAGGAUCGAAUAUUGCCAUGACCUCCUGCUCGGUGACCGCCAUUCGGGAUCGGUUUCCCAACUUUGGCCAGUGGCAGUGCUCGCUGCUCAUAGCGGUUGUCAGCUUCUUCAUUGGACUAGUGUACAUAACACCGGGCGGUCAGUAUAUGCUGACUCUUGUGGACUUCUUUGGCGCCUCGAUGAUUGCUCUGGUACUGGGAAUCGCAGAGCUGUACACCAUUGGAUGGAUCUAUGGCACAGACCGCCUGUGCAAGGACAUUGAGUUCAUGCUGGGUCGCAAAGUGGGCCUGUACUGGCGGCUCUGCUGGAGCAUCUUUACUCCGCUGAUCAUGACUGUUAUUCUGAUCUACUUCUAUGCGACCUACGAACCUCUAACCUACAACAACAUUGUCUAUCCAAAUUGGGCUUACUCUAUUGGCUGGCUGAUAACGGCCUUCGGAAUUCUCCAGCUGCCCAUAUGGAUGAUUGUGGCCAUUGUUCGAGACCCAGGUCAGAGUUUGGGUGCGAAAAUCCGUGGAGCCUUUACGCCGAAGAAGAAUUGGGGACCUAGUGACCCUCUGCUCCGGGAACAGUAUCACAAGGAAAUCGAGAACGAGUUGACCCCGAAACGGGGCCAGGGAGUUUGGGCUGCCAUCAAGCAAAACAUCUUUGGUUGAUCCAUCAUCAGAGAAGACAAACCAUAUUCGCUCAUGUAAAUAAUCGUAUUUUAAGAGAAAAGAAUUUAAAAGAUCUUGUAUAAAUCUUAAGUCUGCCAAUAAAAUUGAUAAGUAUGUAGCAAA